UUAAAAUGAAAUUAAAUUUUUUCCCCCAUAAACAUUGAAACUGUGAUUUACUUCCCAAGUAAUAAGUGACUUGAUAUAACUUCAAUUUGAUUUCUGUUCCAAAUAAAACUUGGAGAUGGCUGCAGAAAACCGUACUCGUAUCCAGCAGAAUGACCUGCUACUCCAUGAAGCUGUGAUCAAAAACGAGCCUGAUGCUGUACGCGAAGCACUGCAACGUCCCACCGAUGUCAACUGUAGAAAUAAUUACGGAAGAGCACCAAUACAUUGGGCGGCCAGCAGAGGUAAUGUGGAGAUAAUAAAUCUACUCAUCGAAUCCAAAUGUGACAUCGAGGCCGCUGAUAAGUUCGGAAUGCGACCGCUGUUGAUGGCCGCAUGGCAUGGCCAUCUAGAGGCAGUGAAAACUCUUGUUGGCGCUGGAGCCUGUCUUGCUGCUACUAACAAAAAACAAAACGAUCUUCUACAAUGUGCGUGCUCCCGUGGGUCAUUGGACGUAGCAGAGUAUGCCAUAUCUUUGGGAGCCAAGGUCCAAACUUCGGACGCUGCUGGUGAUGCGCCCCUCGCCUUGGCUUCCAGAGCUGGGCAUACUUCAUUGGUUGAACUUCUUCUACAGAGAGGUUCUUAUAUCGAUGCUGUUAAUAAGGUAGGCCGCACGGCACUGCACGUGGCUUGCGAAGGUGGUCACUCCUCGACUGCUGCGUUCCUAAUGUCCAAAGGUGCCUCCAAAGAGGCGCGAGACAACUCAGGUCGAACACCUUUGCACCUGGCGGCCGUACAUCGACAUACUGAACUCGUGAGAGUGCUCCUUGAAGCUGAAUGUCAUGUGGAUGCUGUAGACAACAAUGGAGUAACUGCAUUGCAAAUGGCUUGCGCACAAGGCUGUCGAGGUAUUGCUGAACAUUUGUUGGCAUUUGGUGCAAACGUUCAUAUGCAAAACAAUGUUGGGUCGUCAGCACUGCAUGCAGCCUGCGCAGCCGAUGCUACGGACAUCGUGGAAUUACUCCUUGCACAUGGAGCAGAUCCUGCCCUAACAGAUCAGUGGUCUCAAUCCCCGGUGAGCGUGGCUGGAGGAGCAGCAGAGUCUCCUCCGGAGGGGUUCCGACGAGCGGCGAGAGGAUCCUUCUCAGCCAUCCUGGAUCUACUGACUGCCACCGCCAACUUGGAGAUUCCACACCAGGAACAGUCUGAUGGCUCGCUGUCCCCCCGGGCCGAUGACAAAUCCAGAGGCCAUUCACCCGCCCCGAGUGAAGGGGUGGAGCACGACAGUGAGAGGUGAUGGUCGGCCAGUACACUGCUCGACCGGCUGGCGCAACGAGGCUUCGCAGCAGACACGAGGCUAGCACUACCUCCUACAGGGUGUGCCCGUUACCGCGAGCUUUGCUACCGCGCUGCGCACGCACAUCUACCUGAGGAUGUAGCCCCACGUCCUUGCGACUGCGUCAAUUGCACUUCCAGACGUCAUUCAGCCAACGCCCCAUGAGAUACGGCUCUUGUGGUCACCACCGCCGCUCUCACAAGACCCAUACCCGCACUACCAAACGAACUUAUUUUACGUAGACAAUGAACUUCUUGCUGUAAGAUCUACAUUUAUUCAUCAAAUCUAUGACAACGCACUUGAUCGUGUCUUGCAAGUGUGAGCUUACCAAUCACGAUCCAAGGACCAAUUCCCCCCCUUCCUCUCAAUUCCCUAACCUCCACAAGGCCGGCAACACACGUUUAAUUAAUUUGGUGUUGCAAGUAUCCAUGGGCGGCGCUGAUGGCUUACCAGGUCUGCUCGUUUGCAUUCCAUUAAACAAAAUGGACAAUGUGGACUAUUAUGGUUUUUAAGUCCCGAAAAUCUGUUGUGCUCAUGUUUUACCAUAAUAUUAUAUCGAGUGCUUGCUUAUAUUAGAUUAUAAGAAUUUAAUAUUUACCAGUUGUAUGUGGAUCCGUUUUGCAGCAAAGACGGUAGCGGUGCUCGUGACCACUUGACACUUGUAAUAGGAAUAAUAAAUGUCGUUUAAAUAAUUUUGUGUCCAGUAAAAUUAUUGUCAAUUUUUUCGAUAGGUACGCAAAUAAUACAUAAAAUUUUAAUUUUAAUAGUUUGUAAGCCAGAAAAUAUUCAAUUUUAUUCGGUCGCAAAUAAAAUUGGUAUUACCUAACGAGUGUUAACUUCACAGAAUAGGUUAAUUUUGCGUGGUCAUUCAAAUAACAAAAAUAUAAAAAGUAAUUUGGCCUAUUGUCUGCGCAAUGCUUUAGAAAUAUAAGUUUAAGCUACUAAUAAGUACCUACAUUUCGAAUGAUCUCCAUUUUAGAAAUAUUUGGUCAAUUCCAAUUAGCAUUCGUUGUAAAUAUUCGCUUCUUUCCUAGUGCCUUACCCGGUCCGCUUAUGAAUGUUAAUCCAACCACUAAGUAACCAUAUGGCACUUAUAAAAUCAUGCAUUUGUAGGAUUAUAUUCCAAACAUUUGAAAAUAAUGUGCACAUCCAAAAUCGCUUUUGUAAUUAAGGAAAUAAUCGCCUCGUGAGCGUUAAUGUAAAAUUCAAAAGUAAAUUAUAAUUACAUUUUUACUUAUUAUGUACAAUUUGUCUGUCCAUUGGUGAUAGGAUUAUUAAAAUUACCCUAAUUGUAAGCUUUAAUAAAAUAAUGUGGAAAUUAAAUUUACACAAUUUAUUUAGACGAUUCUCUACAUAAGAAUUUCCGUAAUACUAAUUUAUUAUAAAGAACACGUUUAAUAUAAAAAUCUAAGCCAAAAUAUUAACUUAGGUGUAAUGUGUAGGUGGCUAUCAUUAUAUCUAUGGUCCAGAGUAUUGAACUGCUAAUCUAUAAUUAUGUAUAAUUCAUGUGUGCUAAAAGUAUCAUGACCUCUUAAUUUUAGAGCCUAAUAUUAAUAUAAGAUAUAUUAUCUAGAUGUAAUUUCUAUAUUAAAUCACCUGACCUAAUGUAAUACCUGUCCAUUGGUGUAACUUCAAACGAUUUAUAAUAAUUAUAAUAAUGUACAUUAACUUCUAUUUUAUAUUACAUUGUUAAUAAUUAUAAACAUUAAUUUUAAUUACAUACAUUUUUAACUUCUGAUCUAUUUUCCAUUGUACUUACCCAAUGUCAUUAAAUUUUAAUCGUACAUUAUUUAAAUAUUAACAAGGCCUACCUACGUCAGUUAUAAAAUGUAAUUUAAAAAAUUUGAUUCAAAAAUAAAAAAUAAGAUUAUUAUAAAAAACGUACCGUCUA